AUGACUCGGAACAACAAAACUCCAGAAAGAGUCGACACAAAUGAAUCACUAACAAAUCAUUUUGACGGCAUUGCCGUCCUGAGCUUGGCAGCAGCUGCACGCCUGGAUUGGGACUUUGAUGGUCGGAUAUCAUUUCCUACGGGAAAUGUGGGAAAAGUGAACCCAGUGAAGGAGGCCACCCGCAGUGACAGCAAGAGCAGUCAGACUGAGGUCUCCCAGAGGAAGAAUCCACGGCUCUCCUUCAAACCAUGGGGAAGACGGGAUGGAGAAUCAUCCUGCGAAAAGGAAGGAAGAAAAAGCAAAAACCUAUUCGUAGUUACAACAGAAAGUAUCCCACAAUACAACAUCAGAACUUGUCAGAUCUGCGAGCCGACUGAAUGUCUUAAUCUGGAGCCAGCGACAGCAGGUCCACUGAGCUGUUAUGUUGACUAUAUACAGACAAUGGAUUGCACAUGGAAAGAGAGAAACAACAACAGCCACACCACUCUGCAAGUCUUUAAGGUUGAGUCAAACCGCUCUUCUCGUGAGAAUAAUUGUACUUUCACAAGAAAUUCCAUGCUGCCAAUGGAGGACGAGAGAUGGGUUCACUACUACACUUGUAUCAUGCACUUUCAGAUGUUCAUGAGUAUCGAUAAAUUUAAAAUCACCCUUAAGUCAAACAGCCCAGCUAACACAUCGCAAACUUGCAUCAUUGAAGAAUUCAUACCAUCUCAGAACAUACGUUUGAAUGCACCUCAGCAAUUGUCUGUGACAGUUGAUUCAACAACACAGAAGGUUAUCAUCACAUGGCAGAACCAUGCAAGCCAGUUUUUGAAAAACUGUCUGGAGCAUGAAGUCGAAUUUUGGAGCAGAGAAACAAAAGAGGAUGUGAAGGUGAAAAAAAUAGUUAAUGAUAUCCAGCAUCUGGCUAUUGAGGAGUCAGAAUUGAAACCAGAAACAGAUUAUAAAGCAAGAGUUCGCAGUAUACCUUCAAGGAGUACAGAUUAUAAUGGCAGAUGGAGCAAGUGGAGUUCAGAAAUAAAAUGGAAGACAAACUCUGCUAUGGACAGUCCUUCCAAACAGAGCAGCUUGUUGUUUGUUGUGCUGCUUCCAAUCUCAUUGGCUAUCAUUAUUUCCAUACUUCUGUACUUCAGGAUUCACAUACGUAUUGUGAAUAAGGUAUGGAUUCAUAUUCCAAACCCAGCCAACUUUUUCCAGCCACUCUACAGUGAACACAAUGGAAACUUCAAGGAAUGGAUUCGCAAUGACCAAUCAACAAUUCAGAAAAGGUCUCGCAGAAGUUCAGUCCAUGAGAUAACGAAGAUGAAGAGGUCCUUGGAAGAUGAAGCUGACACAGUAAUCAUAACUCCCAGAAUUGAAGCUGUUUCUAAUAUUACCUACAUAAAACCAAUCCCAAUACCACUUGAUCCAAACAGCCCCAAACACAACAAUGAUGCAGAUUCCAUGUACGUCAAAAAGAACUGUCUCAUUGAUCCAAUGAAUAGAUUUUAUUCCAACACAGUGCUGGAAUAUAGUAAUAGCAUUUGUGCUUUAAGUGGAAACCAGUCCGUUGUACCUACUGAAGGUCAGCAGGUUGAAAGCUGGUUGCUGUUUGAGGACCUGGCUAAUGCCACCCUGUUGUCCAUGAUGCCUCAGGAUCUAAACGGUGAAUAUAACUAUAGCGAUGACUAUUGCACCCUCUCUCACUCUGAUACCAGUCAUGGCCUGGUGCCCACAAAGAUUGGCCUCCAACUCAACUGCGAUGGAUGCCAGGCAGAGAAAAGAGACGUGCCUAUGAGUUUGGAGGUAAUUGACAGUGACAAAUUGCCCUCCAUUUGUACAACAUCAACACAGUAGUAGCAGCUUCUAUUCUGUGACUCUGGAUUGAAGUCAAUGUACUCACUGUAUAAUGAGAUUGAACCAAUGCUGAAUCUGAAACGCUGAAAAGCGCCUAAUCAAAUGAUGAGGUGCACUUCCUCAAGCUUGACAGCACCUUACC